AUGACACAAAAAUCAUCAACCGAACAGUUUUUACUUCAUCCGAUUGAAAAUAAUCGAAAUAAAUAUAAAAUUCCAAAACAUUCUAUUACAAAUUUAGUUUCAACACAAAAUCAUAUUGGAACGAAUACAGAACAAAUUCAACUUGAUCAUGGAAAUGAUGGAGAAGAAAUUGUUCAAGUCGAAACAUCGGAAUCUUAUUGGAAAUUAAUAACUGAACAACGACAACAAGCAAUUGAAAAAGCUAAUACUGAAAAUCAACAAUUACAUACUCUUAUCGAUGAUAUAAGUAAAGAAAAUGAUAAACUUCGUAUAAUAGCUAAUCAUUGUGAUUAUCUACAAAAUAUUCUUGAAACUGUAAAUGCUCAAAAUAUUAGUCAUCUAAAUGAAACAAAUACAACUGAUAAUUCAUUAAAUUAA